AUGCGUGUGUGGCGUCUUCAGAUGCCAUUUGUGCGAUGGCGUUGUGCCCUCUCAGCUGCCGGCCAACUGUUGGCGCCUAAGGCGGCAUCUGCCCGCGUCGCAGCUGUCAGCCAGAAAUUCGGCCUAUUCCAGGCAGACAGUCACAGACACAGACGUACGCCAAAUGCCGACCAUAUUUAUUACUACCUACAAACUUGUCCAAAUCGCAUUAGUGAUCGUCGUUAUUACUACAUAGCGAACGAAAUCGUGCAAAUCCGAUUACGCUCAUACCGCUUCGCUGUAUAG